ACAGUGUAGACAUAGUGGAAGCAGAAUCAAACUCAAACUCAACGGUUUCUUCAAAACCAACCAAACUGUCGACUUUUGUUUCAACUUGCGCUUAUGCUUUUGUUUGCAUUGCCAAAGCCUGGCACGGAAUUGAAAAGGAGAAAAAUAAGUUUGCUUGUGGGUUCAAUGUGGAUUGCAGGGCCAGGAUGGAGCCUCCAAUUCCUGAAAACUACUUUGGGAACUGUGUAUGGGGGAAGAUGGUGGUUGAUAAGCCAUCGGCAUUUAUAGAGAAAGAAGGGUUUGUUAUUAUUGCGAAAAGUAUUCAUAGUAAAAUAAAAGAGAUAUUAGAUAAGGGUGUUUUUCAUGAAGCAGAUGAUCUUGGUCGUAUAUAUGCAGCUUUGGUAAAAGAGAGAGUUGAAAUGUUAGGAAUUGCGGGGUCUAACCGUUUUGGGGUUUAUGAGAAUGAUUUUGGUUGGGGAAAGCCUUCAAAGGUGGAGAUAGCAUCGGUGGAUAGAGCCCUAACAAUUGGAUUGGCAGAGAACAGAGAUGCGAAAGGCGGUGUUGAAAUUGGGAUUGUUCUGAAGAGACCAGUGAUGGAAUUAUUUGGCACUUUGUUUCGUGGAGGAUUGUCAAAUGAGUGAUUC